AGCUGUGGCGUACGGGAGACUUUAGAGCUCGAACGCUCAAAAGAUGCGUAAAGAUUUUUGUUAAAAGUGUUUCAGCGGCUCGGGGAAUCGUUCUCGGAGUUUCCGCGCGGAUAAACGUCGGUCGGAAACGACGACUCGCGCGUACGACGAUGGUCUCGGCCGUAAGAUCGAGCCGUGCGUCCGUUAUUCGCGGCGAAAAGUGCCGUGCGUAACGCGCGUUGCCCCCUUCGAUGAUGAGUGACUCCGUGUGAUGCGCGCGAUGGAUGAUUCCGCGAGCGCGUUUGAAUAGAAAGCCCGCGGCAUCUUCUUCCCGACCGCGACCGCCCGAUCGCCCGGUGGUACGUCGCUCUUGUGCGGUAUGCGCGAGAAUUCGCCUCCGUCAUUUCGCCUACGAUGAAUUUCAAAGCGAGUGACAAGUGACGUUGAAACGUGACUGCCUGUGCACCAACGAUAGUUCGGCGCGCCAUUUAAAAUCGUUCCUCCGAGCGCAUCGGGCGUCUCCGAUGCGACAAUUCACGCGAUAUCACGUCGUCUAGCGAGUGUUCGUCCUUCUCUUUUCACGAACGGGGAAUUUCGAUUCCCCGUGAAUUAUGUAAUCGGCAUGCGACGUGAUAUGCCGAUGAUAAACGCUAUGUCCGCUAGAAUGGAAGAAGAAAUAGUAGUAGACGACAUAGAUGAGAAUAAUACAGUGGAUACACAGCAGACGGAUGACUCGACAACAUCCGUAAUGCCACUGCUAUACAUUCAACAAAAUAAAACUCGUUCUACACAAUCAUCAAAUAUAAAUCAAGCCCUCGUUUCACCUAGUCCUCAAAUCGCUGCUAUUAUUAAUCCAGUUAAUAAUCAGAUUGUAACUGGACAAAAUAAGGUAUUUAUACAAGGACCGACUCAGGUAGCUACAUCUCAAAGUAAACAACACAUUGUAAUUCAUCGACCAAUAAAUACCGUGAGCACUGCAGCAAAUUCGCAGGCUCAGAAACAUAUUUUACUUAGAAAGUCAUCAUCUACAGCUCAGAUAUUGCCUUUGAAUACAACACAAGGAAGUCAAACCAAUGCGCAAGUAGGAAAGCAUACAUUUGCAUAUUUGGGAACCCUUAUUAAACCCAACAAGACACGAGAAUCUGUCGUUAUACCUGCAGGGGCUCUAACACCAACACAGAUAACCAAACCGAAAUUAGUAAUUACUCCCGUAAUAUCUCAAUUAGCCCAAACGUCAACAAGUACUACAAGUGGUUCUCAGAGUCAACCUCCUAAACACAUGGCGAAUUUAAUAUUACCAGUAAAUAUACCCCAGCAAAGUGGUACUACAAAACCUAGUAUGUUUAAUCUAAAAAUUAAUAAUGGUCAACUCAGUACAGAGAGUAAAGGAACCAUAACAGUGUUACGUGAGUCAAAAACGACAAAUUCAACGACACAUCCUCCACCAUUGCAUCCGAUAGCAAAAAUGAGUCUUUUAAAUGCAAAUAAAGGCAAUUCUAAUUCCAUAGACAGUAUAAAAAUUACUGAAAAUCCAGAUUCGGCCGUUAUCACGCCAAUCCCAAAGAAAGAAGACAGUCAACCAGAGAAACGGAAAAAAACUAUUAGCAAUAUAUUACGAGGUUCCACGGAAAAACGGAUGAAGAAGCAAAAUAUUCCAAAAUCUCCUCAAGAUAAUUUGGCUGAUACUAAUUAUGCAUUGAGUAGUCCUGAAUCCGAACAAGAUAAGGAUAAGAAGGCUCAAAAUGAUGAUGAUAUUACAUUGAUUAAAGUUAUUCCUAGUGAAGAUAAAGUUUCAAAACUCAAUACAAAUAUGGAUGACGAUAUAAAGAUAGAAAUAAUUAAAACUCCAAACUGUAAUGUCGAAACAGUGCUAGACAAUAAGAAUGAGACAAAGAGUAAUAAUUGUGAUGAAACAAAAGAUCAAUUGAAUACUUUGAAUCAGACUAACACCAAUUUUGACGCAUCUAAAGUUUUAGACUGGAAAGAUGGUGUUGGUACUUUACCUGGAAGUAAUUUACAGUUUCGUAUGAAUGAAUUCGGUAUUAUGGAAGUAGUCGAUGAAGACGAAAGUAAUAAACAGAAUAAGGAUGGUAUUGGUGACAAAGAGAAUGUAUGUUUAACACAAAAUUCUUCAAAGACUAGCUCAGGAAUCAUUAAUAAUACAAAUAUAGAGAAAAAAGUUGAAGAUAGAAAAUCUAGAUCGGUAAGCGCAGAUACAGUAUAUCAUUGUGAAGCUUGUGGAUGUUAUGGAUUGGCUGCUGAAUUUGAAAGUCCAAUAUCAUGUAGUCCGUCUUGCACAGAAGUAAUAGAAGCUAAAAAACAGCCUGUAAAUCGAAAAGACAAAGAUCUAAAAGAAGUACGUAUGAAAAAGAAACGCAAAAGAUUAUUACAAGAACCACAAUGGUCAAAGGACAUGGAUGAAAGAUCUGAUGAAAAGACACAUGAUAAGAUAAAAUUGGAAAUGGAUGAGGAAAAAGAUGUGUUAGCAAGUAUAGAUGAUGAAAUUCAAGGAGAUUCAUCAGAAUCCAAGUACCCUUGGCAAAGAGGAAAAUUGGGUUUUUCGUGGCCAAAGUAUCUUGAACAUUGUAAAGCAAAAGCUGCGCCUGUUAAAUUAUUCAAAGAUCCUUUUCCCUACACUAAAAAUCAAUUUAGAGUUGGAAUGAAAUUGGAAGGUAUAGAUCCAGAACAUCCUUCUCGGUAUUGUGUUCUAACUAUUGCCGAGGUUGUAGGUUAUCGAAUGCGUUUGCAUUUCGACGGUUAUCCAGAAAAUUAUGAUUUCUGGGUAAACGCAGAUAGCAUGAAUAUAUUUCCUGUCGGUUGGGCUGAGAAAAACGGCAAGAAAUUGAAUCCACCAAAGGGUUACACAUCUGCAAACUUUAAUUGGAAUGCAUAUCUAAAAAUUUGUAAAGCAUCUUUAGCAGCAAAAAAUUUAUUUCCGAAUAAAAAUAUACUUCAAAGUGUCUUUCCCACGGUCUUUCGAGUGGGCAUGAAAUUAGAAGCAGUAGAUAGGAAGCAUUCUUCAUUACUUUGUGUCGCCAGCAUUGCAGGUUUAAUGGACUCUCGAAUAUUAGUCCAUUUUGAUUCUUGGGACGAGGUAUAUGAUUAUUGGGCCGACGCGAGUUCUCCAUAUAUUCAUCCUGUAGGAUGGUCUCAUCAUAAUGGGCGUGUUUUGAUGCCUCCAAAUAAUUAUAAAGAUCCUAAAUCUUUCACUUGGGAUGCAUAUUUGAGAGAAACUGGCUCAGUGGCUGCUCCAGCUAGAGCGUUUAAGCAACGACCACCUUGUGCGUUCAAACGUGGUAUGAAACUGGAAGCUGUGGAUAAGCGGGUCCCACAGUUAAUCAGAGUAGCAACAGUCGAGGAUGUGAAAGAUCACCUAUUGAAAAUAAAAUUCGAUGGCUGGCCUGACAAUCAUGCCUACUGGGUUGAUGAUGAUUCACCUGAUAUUCAUCCAGUAGGUUGGUGUGCGAAAACUGGUCAUCCAUUGGAACCGCCACUUACUCCCGAUAAUCUAAAUGAUCGACCAGAAUGCGGUACAUAUGGCUGUCGAGGUAUAGGACAUGUAAAAGGACCUAAGUUUGCAACGCAUAAUUCAGCAUCUGGUUGUCCAUAUUCUCCUCAAAAUUUAAAUAAAACGGGACAAAUGCCUGAUAGACUCAACUUAGCAAAAAAUCAGGAUUUAAACGAAGCCUAUGAUUUCGAGGAAGAGAUGCAAGAAAAGUUAAAAUUGGAGAAAUCUGAUAGAAUAAAGAUAGAAAAGUCUGAAAAGCCUGAUAAAUCUUUGUUCUCAGAUGAUAUGUUGAUGAUCGACAAGGAGAUUAAACAGGAAGAUGGAGAUUUAUCUGAUAAGAAUGAUAAAUCUGAAAAUAGGUCGGAAAAUUCAGACAAAUCGAACAAAUGCAAGAAUCUGCACAGCGACGGACAAACAGAUGAUGAUGAAGUUUCGAGAAAACGGAAAAAAAGACGCCCAAUUUCGGAGGAACCUUUAUUUACUACCGUUACUAACGUUACGUAUGGUGAUCUACAUUGGAAUACUACCUCAUACGCUGCAAAUAUACCAGUUAAGCAAUUACGUAAAGAAUUGUAUCAGUCUGUAUAUAAUCCGGGAUAUAAUCCUUUGCCGAAUGCACCACAUAUAUGGGCGAAACAUAGUAAUGCCUUAAACAGAGUAGUAUCGAGACAAACGACCAAUCCACGAAGAUGGUCUAAUGAAGAAGUCAUUAAAUUUAUACAAAGUAUGCCUAAUUGUGCAGAAGCUGGUAAUGUUUUUAGGCAACAUAGUAUUGAUGGCGAAGCAUUUUUAAUGUUGACACAAGAAGAUUUGGUAUCAGUACUCCGUCUGCGACUUGGGCCUGCAAUUAAGUUAUAUAAUAGUAUAGUUUUAUUACGUCAAAAAGCAGCAUGAAUUGAAUGCAAACAAAGCAUAUGUCUAUUGACUGGCGAAUGAUGUGGCAGCUAUUAUGAUGAAAUAUCGCCUAUAAUUUAUUUAAUUCAUUAUCAAGGAAAUGUAAUAGAAUUUUUGCCAAUAUCUUUCAAGAUUCUCUUAAAUGGGCAAACAAACAAAAGACGAAUAAAAGGCACAUGCGAGCAAAUACUCGCAAAUGUCUAAUUACACAGUUCUGGAAUAUUUAUCUGAAGUGAUUUCUGUUCGAAUCGUCAAUUGAUAGAUAAUUAUCGCGAAAUUAAGAAUACAUAUACAAUGAAUGCGUUUUUACUAUUUUGUCGAGUAUUUGCAAAAUACAAAAAUUCAGAAUUAUAUGCAUUGUUCCAAGUACUUAUGUCCGAAUGUGACGUAAUUUUUCGUAUAAGAUGAAUAUAUUGAAAAUCAUGUACAAAUGUAAAUAUUUUAAUUAUUAGAUAUUGUAAUAAAAAUACUUAUGCAACCUUUCCACCUAUGCCGAACUAUAUUUUGAAAUUUUCAAACCAAACAUGUAUUCCAAAAUUGUUCCAUCGGAAAUUUGCACUUGUUAAGAUUUUAAUUUUUAUUUUAAACUAUAAUUUACAUUAUAUGUGUGUUGACAAUUUUUGAAAUUUGUUAAGAAUCGCAAUAUAUUCAUAUCUACAAUUUCGGCGCCAUCGUUAUUUUUGUCGCUAAGAAUGAUAUUUUCAUGUAAUUUUGUAAGCAAUUUUAUAUUUGAUUCAAUGAGUAUCGCAAGUUACAUAUCUUCACAUACAUAUAUUUUACACAUA